GCAUGAUAUGAGAGUACUUCAUUCACUGAAUACUUGGUGAAAUAACAUAAAGAUGGGGAAGCAAGCUCUCUCUUAUCUGUUAUUCCUACUAAACUUGGCCACUUUGCUUAUCACUUCUCUUGCUUUAUCCAACUGCCCUCCCUGUCAUCCUUUGCCACCCCACGGUGGCCAUCCACCACAUGUUAAGCCACCCACUCCUGUGAAACCACCCUAUCCGCCUCAUAUUUCUCCACCCAAACCACCAAUUGUGAAACCUCCCACUGCACACCCACCACCUAAUGUGCCUCACCCAUCACCUCCUUAUGUGCCCCACCCAUCACCACCUUAUGUGCCCAACCCACCAGUCGUGCCGUCACCUAGACCUCCACAGUCACCGCCUGUCGUGCCAUCACCAACUCCACCGGCAGGAAACACGUGCUCCAUUGACACUCUCAAGCUAGGCGCGUGCGUGGACUUGUUGGGUGGCCUUGUGCACGUAGGGAUUGGCGGCAGUGCAAAGGACACGUGCUGCCCCGUGCUGCAAGGACUGGCGGACUUAGACGCUGCCGUUUGCCUUUGCACCACCAUUAAGGCUAAGCUUCUGAAUAUCAACAUCAUCGUCCCAAUUGCUCUUCAGCUUCUCGUUGACUGUGGCAAGACUCCGCCGGAGGGGUUCAAAUGCCCCGUCUAGAAAACAGCUUCGUUUUACUCUUUUUAUAGCUAUUGCAUGCACUUCUUGUUUUGCAGGACGUACGUCACUUUGUAACUGAAUAAAAAGUGUAUCAUCAAAUCGAUAUACUUCAAGAAUUUCGAGUUUAAGAAGUCUAUAAAUUUCGUUUAGCUAA